AUGACCACAGAAGUAAUACUAUAUUAUCGACCAGAGAGUGAUCCCACACAACUGCCAAAAAUUACAGAACAAGUAAUUCAAGACUUUCCUACUCGUCCACUGUCAAGAUUUAUUCCUUGGUUUCCACAUGAUAGAUCUAAAUUUAUACUUAAACCUGAAAGAUCACCACCUGUGAUUUCUGACGAAACAGCUGAAGAAGUGAAACAUGAUUUUACCAUUUUAGAACAUGAAGUUACAUCACAGAGUUAUGAUUGCACAUUAUAUCUAUUGGAGUUUCAGCCCAAUUUAAAAAUAAAGAGACACUUACUCCAGCCACACACACUGAAUGGACAUACUAAUUCUGGGAAUCUGGAUAAACAAUCAGGAAAACAAAAGCAGCACCGACAGAGAUCUUGGAGUGUUUCUGUUCCUAACAGCAGUUGCCCUGAAAAUAUUUUUCCUUUAUCUAAAAAAUUGCAAGAUACUGUAAAAGCACUGGAUUUGAACUCUUUUUAUAGAGCAAGAUGGACAAUAGAACAUGCUAUGUGUGACAGCCAAACUCUAGAAGACAUUUGGGUAAAACUCAGUCGAAUUAUCAGGCACAAUGAACUUCCAUCUUGCAAUGCUACAAUUCAGAGACAUUUAGGCCAGAUAUGGGUAUUCUGUGAUAUUAUGUACUGUGAAUAUGUGGGAAGUCUUCUUAAAGAAAGAUUAGCUCUUACUGGAAAAAUCUAUUUAUUUGUGCGUAAAUACGGUGUUAUUUUUAGUAUGUAG